AUGCCUGAAGGAGGAGGUUUCAAUUUUCGUCGUAAAUUCUUAUUCAAAAUCCAUGAAAAAGUGGGAAAUGUGGAAGAAACGCAAAUGACUGCAGAAUUCAACAAUGACGUGCAAAAAUACGACAUCUACCGUGAUUCAGUCGUCAAACUUGUCGAACUGCUAGAAGCCGUUAAUCAACCGAAUCCAGCUCGAGUUGAGUGCCCUAAAGAUGAAGAUCCCUACGAUAAGUUGAGAAAAGCGCUGGAAACAUUCCAGCAAUUUCUACAAGAAGACAAAGCUGGUCAAGUGGCAAAAAUCUGCAGAACAUUAGAGCAAGCGGCGAAAACCAAACGCGAUUAUCAGAUCAAAAGGCGUGCAUGUAUUCGACAUCUACGUCGUUUUGAUUCACUUGAAUACAAACUGCUCUUGGAAAAUCGCGAGAACUUCAACCAAGCAAAAGCAAAUAUGGAUUUGGCAAAACAUGAGGUAAAACAGGCGAAGACGACGGAGCAGAUUGAACGAAGAGCAGUGCUUUACCAACAACAAGUCGAAGUAUUCGACGAAAAAUGCAAUAAGUUUAUCAAAUUACUAGAAGAACUGCCAACUAUCAAAUCCUUGCAUUCUAAAGAUCUUACUGACUUAGUGCAAUGCAGUCGAGAAUAUCACCAAGCAAUGAGUGGAGUUUUCAAAUAA